ACACACACACACACACACACACACACACACACAGAGGCAUGUACAGGUGUGGUAAAUCAGGUAAAUCCAGUCACUGAUUGAAACUUACACUGAAACUCGAAAGCGAUCUGCCCUGUAAUACCACCAGCGCCGGUAGAGGGCGCGCAUGCGCAGGAACACAGAUGUAGUUCUAAUAGGACUACAAACCCCAAGAGCCAUCGCCUCCGACUCUGAGUCAAUGACACAGCACAGUUCGGUAAAAGUCCGGUUCUGUGUUACCUCGCUAAUAAAACUGAAGAGAUUGAUCUUUAUUAAAGCUUUAUAAUGUAAUAUCUGGAUCUGUGAUCCGCGUCCUCGCCUGUACAUUCAUAUUUUACCAAGUGACUCCUAGAGUCGGUUCAGUGAGCCGACUCUCCGAUUAAAACUCAUAAAACGGUUAUUUUAACGCUAUAUUCGACAGCGGAAUUCAGCGCGGUUCUGAUUUAGCAUAAUUCACACCGUUUCGUUUAUGUUUAAUGUGUUAAACCUGCCAACUUUGUGUCGAGUAGGGUGUAGGGUUUAGGGACCGAGGAGGGAAUUGGGACACAGCCUGGCUGGCGUGACGUCAGUGAAGGAGUCCGGAAGUGAGAGCGCUGUGUUGAAGCGUGUGUGUGAGAGUGUGUGUGAGUGUGAGAGAGUACAGGAGUACAGGAGUGAGUGCGGGUGCUAGUGCAGGAUGAGUGGAGUGUGUAGAGAGGUGAUCACGCUGCAGCUCGGACAUUACUCCAACUUUAUAGGAACCCACUGGUGGAACCUGCAGGAUGCGUCUCUGUGUUACGAGGGCGAGGCUCCAGCAGCUGAGCUCCAGAGCGACGUGUUCUUCAGAGAAGGUCUGGCUCCAGGUGGACAGGUCACCUACACGCCCCGGCUCCUCGCCCUCGACCUCAAAGGCAGUUUGCAGACGUUGAAGCAGGAAGGAUGUCUGUACUCUACCGAACAGGAGGACUCCACCUUCACAUGGCAGGGUGAUGUAGUAACACACACUGAAGCUCCUGCUGAUAAAAACUCCUUCCUGCAGGACCUCGACCGGAUGGACAUGGGAGAGCUGUUAGCAGAACCAGACUUCAGAACCCUUCCAGCUCCGCCCACACAGUCGUCCUCAGGUGCAGCGGUUGCCGUGGAAACAGUGAACAGUACGCUGGAGCGUUUGCAGAGAUCCUAUAGGCUGGAGAGCAGUGUGAGGGUGUGGUCAGACUUCCUGAGGCUCCACCUCCAUCCUCAAUCCAUAUCCAUCAUCAAUCAGUACAACCACGACGGUGAGGCAGCGAGGUUGGAGGCGUUCGGUCAGGGCGAGGCACUGUUACAGGGCGCUGUGCUGGAGGAACUGGAGGACCGACUGCACUUCUUUAUUGAGGAGUGCGACUAUCUACAGGGUUUCCACGUGCUGUGUGAUAUGGCCGACGGUUUCUCAGGUCUGGGGUCAAAGGUCACCGAGCUGCUGCAGGACUCCUACGGUGGGCGUGGCAUCCUGACGUGGGGCGCGGCUCCCAUCAGUCACCCAGACUCGAGUCCGGUUAAGGAGGUGUACCACAUGAUGAACAGCGCUCUGGGAAUGGUCCACAUGGCCAAUCACAGCUCCUUCUUCUGCCCUUUAACCCUGAGAGGAGGACUGGGGAGAAGAGCGGCUCCACCCACCGGCUUCCCUCUCCUCAACUACGACGCGGCUCUGUGGUACCACAGCAGUGCUGUUUUGGCUCUGGCCCUGGACACUCUGACUGUACCGUACAGACUGAGACAGAACGGCGCCCCCAUGUGGCAGCUGGCUGAUGCUCUCACUGUGUCGGGAAGAAAGGUCGUCAGCGCUUACGGCUGCGUCCCGUUUCCCAUCAUGCGAGACGCCCGUCUGCCCGACGCCCUGCUGGCCUGCGGGGACGCGUUGCCAUGGAGACCUCUGUCGGGCUGCCCGGAGCUCCCCGGCGCCCGCCGUUACGGCCAGUCGGUGACCCUGAGGGGACUGGAGGGGCGGAGCCUGGUGAGUCCCCGGGUUCCUGGAGCAGAACCUUCAUCCAUCCUGCACUGUGCUCAGUCUGGAGAGGAAGUUCUACACACACACCUGUACACACACCAUCCGUCUACACCGGGGGCGGUACAGGUGGUCUCCUAUCCCAGUAAACUGACCCCCCCGUUCCCUCAGAUCUUCAGCUCGGUUCUGGACUCACAGGGUCUGAUACAGAACCAAACACACACUGCAGCAGCAGCGGCGGUGCCGGUCUCGUCGGUCCCGGUUCUGUCCUCUCUGCGGUCCUCCUCCUCCACCUCUCACUUCCUGUCGGAGCUCCAGCGCUCCUGCUCCUCCGUGAACCUCCGCCGCCUCUCACACGCCUUCCUCUCCCACGGGGAGCCCAGCGAGAUCUCCGAGAGUCUGGAGCAGCUCCGGACGCUGGCCUACUGUUACCGUGACGACAGCGGGGGCACGCUGCGCUCCUCGGACGAGGACGACGAUGACGACGAGUGAGAGAGUGUGUGAGGAGGUACCAGGAGAACUCAGGAGAACAUCUUCAGGAAGUGUUCUACACUGGAGCUUACAGUGCUGAGGGAGGGAAGGAUGAAGUGAUAGAUGUGAUGGUACAUGAACAGCUGGAUGAGUGGAUGGAUGGAUGGAUGGCUUGAUUAAUAGAUGGAUGGAUAAUGCACAGUAGAUGGAUGAAUUAUUGGUAUAUAGAUGGAUGGAUGCUUUGAUGGACAGUGGUUACAUGGAUAAAUGAAUGGAUGGAUGAGUGGAUGAACAGAUUGAUGGUUUGGUAUUUAAACUGAUGGAUGAAUGAAUGAUGGAUAGCUGGAUGAAUAGUGAGUGAAUGAAUGAAUGAGUGGUAAUUGGAUGGAUGGAUGAAUAUUCAAAUGAAUGAAUAAAUGGAUGACAGAUAGAUGGAUGAUGAAUAGGUGGUUUGCUAUAUAAAUUAAUUAUAGAUAGAUGAUAGACGUAUGAUGAAUGGGUGAAUGGAUGAUGAAUUAAUUAGUAGAUGAAUGGAUUAUAGAUAGAUAAUUGAUGGAUGGUGAAUGGAUGAUAGAUGGAUUAUAGAUAGAUGUAUGAUGAAUGGGUGAAUGGAUGAUGAAUUAAUGAAUAGAUGGUGAAUGGAUGAUGGAUGGAUUAUAGAUAGAUGGAUGAUGAAUGGGUGAAUGAAUGAGUGAAUGAUGGACGGAUUACAGAUAGAUAGAUGGAUGAUGAAUGGGUGACUGGAUGAUGAAUUAAUGAAUAGAUGGUGAAUGGAUGAUGGAUGGAUUAUAGAUAGAUGGAUGAUGAAUGGGUGAAUGAAUGAGUGAAUGAUGGACGGAUUACAGAUAGAUAGAUGGAUGAUGAAUGGGUGACUGGAUGAUGAAUUAAUGAAUAGAUGGUGAAUGGAUGAUGGAUGGAUUAUAGAUAGAUGGAUGAAUGGGUGAAUGAAUGAGUGAAUGAUGGAUGGAUGAUAACCGGAUUAUAGAUAGAUAGAUGGAUGAUGAAUGGGUGAAUGGAUGAUGAAUUAAUGAAUAGAUGGUUAAUGGAUGAUGGAUGGAUUUUAGAUAGAUGGAUGAUGAAUGGGUGAAUGAAUGAGUGAAUGAUGGAUGGAUGAUGGACGGAUUACAGAUAGAUAGAUGGAUGAUGAAUGGGUGAAGGAAUGAGUGAAUGGAUGAUGGAUGGAUUAUAGAUAGAUAGAUGGAUGAUGAAUGGGUGAAUGGAUGAUGAAUUAAUGAAUAGAUGGUGAAUGGAUGAUGGAUGGAUUAUAGAUAGAUAGAUGGAUGAUGAAUGGGUGAAGGAAUGAGUGAACGAUGGAUGGAUGAUGGAUGGAUUAUAGAUAGAUAGAUGGAUGAUGAAUGGGUGAAUGGAUGAUGAAUUAAAGAAUAGAUGACGAAUAGAUGAAUGGAUUAUAGAUAUAUAGAUGGAUGAUGAAUGGGUGAAGGAAUGAGUGAACGAUGGAUGGAUGAUGGAUGGAUUAUAGAUGGAUAGAUGGAUGAUGAAUGGAUGGAUAGAUGAAUGAAUAGAUGGGUUGAUAUAUAGAUCGAUCAGUGAGAGGUGAUGAAUGGGUGAUGGAUGGUAGAUGGGUGAAUGAAUGAUAGAUGGAUGAUGAAUGGAUCAAUGGAAGUCCACACCCGUGUGUAUGAUCUAGAUAAAUUGAUGAAAGGAUGAAUGGUAGAUGAUUUGAUGAUGAAUAAAUGAUGAAGGGAUGAUUUGGUCUAUAAACAGAUGGAUGGAUUGAUAUAUAGAUGGAUGAUUGGAUGAAUGGAUGAUUGAAUCAAUGAUGAAUGGGUGAUGGAUGGUAUAUAGAUGGAUGAUGGAUGAAUGAAUGGAUGAAUAGAUGAAUGGGUGAUGGUUGGUAUGUAGAUGGAAGGUGGAUGAAUGAAUGAAUGAUAGAUGAAUGGAUGAAUGAAUGGAAGGCCACACCUGUGUGUAUGAUCUGGAUGAAUAGAUGAAUGAUGGAUGGGUUGGUAUGUAGAUGGAAGGUGGAUGAAUGAAUGAAUGAAUGAUAGAUGAAUGGAUGAAUGGAAGGCCACACCUGUGUGUAUGAUCUGGAUAAAUAGAUGAAUGAUGGAUGGGUUGGUAUGUAGAUGGAAGGUGGAUGAAUGAAUGAAUGAAUGAAUGAUAGAUGAAUGGAUGAAUGAAUGAAUGGAAGGCCACACCCGUGUGUAUGAUCUGGAUAAAUAGAUGAAUGAUGGAUGGGUUGGUAUGUAGAUGGAAGGUGGAUGAAUGAAUGAAUGAAUGAAUGAUAGAUGAAUGGAUGAAUGAAUGAAUGGAAGGCCACACCCGUGUGUAUGAUCUGGAUAAAUAGAUGAAUGAUGGAUGGGUUGGUAUGUAGAUGGAAGGUGGAUGAAUGAAUGAAUGAUAGAUGAAUGAAUGAAUGAAUGAUAGAUGAAUGGAUGAAUGAAUGGAAGGCCACACCUGUGUGUAUGAUCUGGAUGAAUAGAUGAAUGAUGGAUGGGUUGGUAUGUAGAUGGAAGGUGGAUGAAUGAAUGAAUGAUAGAUGAAUGAAUGAAUGAAUGAUAGAUGAAUGGAUGAAUGAAUGGAAGGCCACACCUGUGUGUAUGAUCUGGAUGAAUAGAUGAAUGAUGGAUGGGUUGGUAUGUAGAUGGAAGGUGGAUGAAUGAAUGAAUGAAUGAAUGAUAGAUGAAUGAAUGAAUGAUAGAUGAAUGGAUGAAUGAAUGAAUGGAAGGCCACACCUGUGUGUAUGAUCUGGAUAAAUAGAUGAAUGAUGGAUGGGUUGGUAUGUAGAUGGAAGGUGGAUGAAUGAAUGAAUGAAUGAUAGAUGAAUGGAUGAAUGAAUGAAUGGAAGGCCACACCCGUGUGUAUGAUCUGGAUAAAUCGAUGAAUGAUGGAUGGGUUGGUAUGUAGAUGGAAGGUGGAUGAAUGAAUGAAUGAUAGAUGAAUGAAUGAAUGGAAGGCCACACCCGUGUGUAUGAUCUGGAUGAAUAGAUGAAUGAUGGAUGGGUUGGUAUGUAGAUGGAAGGUGGAUGAAUGAAUGAAUGAAUGAAUGAAUGAUAGAUGAAUGAAUGAAUGGAAGGCCACACCUGUGUGUAUGAUCUGAAGACCUGUUACAGAAAGCUGGACACUGACUGCAGAAGGUCAUGUGACCUGCAGCGGCUGUGUUCCAAAUCUCCCCUCCCGAGGACAGAAGGGCACUAGGUAGGGUGCACGUGUAUUCAGGAGAGAUCUGCUGCAGACAUGAACGUUCACUCAUUCACCACCAGAGUGUGGACUCCUGACCAUCGGCCUGCUGGGUAAUAAUGUCACUCCUGAUCCAUGAUAGAGGCCUGACUCACAGGUGACGUUCCGAUUCAUCCCAAAGGACUUUAGUUAGAUUUUAUACAGCUGUUAGAGUGAGUGUGUCUGAAACACCUGGAGUGAAUAAUAAAGGCGUCCGUAUACUUUU